AUGCCACGUUCAUCGGCUACGGCUAGGAAGAGUCUCAGCAAUCGGCAGGAGAACGGCGUCGUCGCUUCCGGAAAGAAAGUGAACAAGCAGAAAUCCAAUGGACAUCUAAACGGCAACGCUACCGGUGGCUCUGCAUCCAACUCUGGCCCUUCCUCCCAAGUCGACUGGCCCGCGUCUCGUUCCUCCAGCGACUCCGCCAUCACCUCCACCGUAGCGGCGGCUUCCAAGGCCAACGGAUCGACGGAUUGCUCGAAGCCCGAUGGAACCGGACGUGGUCAGCUGAAUGGAUAUGCCAAGGGCAACGCGGACAUGUCGUAUGGGCAGACAAACGGUGCGGUGCCGCCGAAUGGCAGCCUCGCAGGGCAAGGAUCGCGACGCGCGGAGAAGUCGGUGCCCGGCUCCAAGAGGUCCAACUCGACUGCCUCCAUCAAUCCCUUGCAGCUGGCCUCGACCAUCCUUAAGUCGUGUCCCAUGUACGACACCAUCGCCAUCCUGAUCUUCCUGCUGCAGCUGCCGCCCAUGGUGUUGACCCUGGUUCAAUUCUUGUUCGCUUCGUUGACCUUCAUGCCGCCCGGUGGCGCCUCUGCUGGCUCCUUGUCCUCCAACUUCGAUAUCUUUCAGGGUCCAGCCGGCACGCCGUCUCUCGGCACAAUGAUUGCGAUGGAUGGGUUUUUCCUGCUGUUUUGGGGGCUUUUCAUGUGGUCAUGGGCGCAAAAUUUUGCUCUCGACUUGGCCCAUGUCCAGGUUGCCAUCACGUUAGGAGGAGGAGGUUCUGGAAAGAAUGGAGGUGUGAAUGCUAUUUGUGUUGGCAUUGUUCUUAUUUUGCAUUUGAUUCGCAGUAAAGGUAUACAGGAUUUUGUGCUGGGUCACCUGCUCUCCGCCAAGAUCAUCAGUCCCGAUCUACUAUCGCAAUAUUCCCAUCUCAUGCCCACGGAGUUUCGGCGCACGGAAUCUCAGUCGUCGCCGAGCUGGAUACGGAGUUUGCUUGCCGUCCAUAUUCUGGCGCAAGCCGGCACCGCUAUGGCAAGACGCUCGAUGGCCAAGAACCGUUCCCCCGCUCCCUCUCGAACCGGCAAACGUGUCGAUACCGAGGCUUCUGCCGGCUCGCAGACGAUCGAUUCGGCCUUUGAGUCGGGGGCGAGCAUGUCUUCGUAUAUCGGUGCCGACGGACAACUCGUGACUCCGGGAACGCAUAAGGAUGGUAGGGAUCGAUUAAUCUCGGCAAAGAAACGCAGGCGACAGGCAAACCAGGUUCGGAGUCGUCAGCCCUUCUGGGCGGCACUCGCAAGUACAAAGGUUACGGUUAUGAGAGAAUACGAACACUCCAGGGCCUUGUCCAAGACCGCCCGUGGUCUUACGAUGACCGAGGACGACCUACAGGGCGUCUCUUUGGACGACGGACUCGUGUGGAUAACGGAGGUGGACAGCUCUACGAUCAAGUUUGCGGCGGGCGAUUUCGCCUCCCUGGAAGACUCCGGUGCUUCCGGGGCGUGCGAAGCUGGACGGCUCGGGGAUGAGGAGAUGGAGCCGUUUUACGUUUGUGUCAAUGGCGCCCUUUGGGCCACUGCCACUAUCUGUAAAGUCCAGGAUGCGUCCAAGGGAUCAAGUGCGGUGCAUUGGCGCGGUGAGGUCUCCGGCCUUGCGCCCAAUUGUGCCUAUACUUGCUCCUUUGUACGAAACGAUACCGACGAAGAGAUCUGUGUCAUGAGCGUUAAGACCCCUGUCUCCAAUGACGCAGAACAAGUUUCUUCGGUUUCCACCCCGCCGCAGCCAUCUUAUCGACCCUCGUCUCCCACGACCACGCUGAAGAACUCCAUCGUCAAUGCCGAGUCCAAACUGAACGAAAAACGUUCUCGGUUAAGAAAGGCCAAGAAUGACCAUAAACUGGUCAUUUCCAAGAUCAAGAAAGAGCUGGACAACUACAACCAUCGGCUUCAAAGCGGAACGGAUGAGAAUCGGCAGAAACAGCGCUCCCUGCAACUGGAGAGAAACAUCAAGCAAACAGAAGAAGCGACUGCUGCUCUCGAUGGUCAACUGGACACAUUGGAGAACAUCCCAGAGGAGGAAUAUGAAGAGUGGAAGGCACAAAAGGGCAAAUACGAACAUGAGCUUGAGCUCCUCAAGCAGGCGAAGGAGGAUCUGGCUACCGCGCGAUCCACCGUUGCCCGUGAGGUGUCGGCACUGGAAUCCGAGCUGAACUCCAUGAUUCAGAGACGGGAACGUCUCCAGGGUCGUCGUACUCGCGUCAACGAACAGUACGAGCGCAUUGUCUCUGCCAAUGCACAGGGCCUCAAUGAGAGAGAACGUCGCGCAGCGGAGCAGUUUGCGAGAGAACAGGACCAGGCGAAGCUGGAGGCCAACUUCAACGAACAGUUCGCGAGCAUCACUCAGUCUGUGCAGGAAUACCAGCUGCGCACCAACCAGCUCUGGCAGCAAUCGGCGACCAUCGAGCAAGCUAUUCAGCAACAGCAACAGCAAAUGCUCAUGGACUCGGCCCCGCUCACUCCCGAAGGCAACUUGCCGGGCACUAACCCGCUCAGCGAGGCCCCCAGCCUGUCCUCGGUGGCUCCCCUGACGACCAAUGCUCCCCACACCCGAUCGCUCCUUGGACUCAGCUUUCCCGCGCUGAAGUCCAGUCCGCUGCAGCACACAUCGUCUCCUCUCGGCGCUUCUACCUCCCAUCCGACCAGCCCGACCCAACCCCCGUCGUAUCUGCAACACUUUUCGGCAUCUCCGCUUGGGCAAAACAACAACAGCUUCCCCUUCGAAUCGGACUAUAUCUCCCGAGACCGCUCGUUCUCAAACCGGUCAAAUAGCAGCCUCUUCGGCUCCGACUUCUUGGAUUCUAACCGCCGCGCCCCGCUCCAUCUCGACCUCUCCGAUAUUGCUACCGAGAAGCGGAGCAGCUCCGAAUCCGAGGGCAACAGCUCCAGCCUAGGCCUCCGACCCAUCUCGAGCCCCUUUCAACGGGCCGUGAGUCGUACCAGCGGCAGCGGCAGCGGUGCGAGCGGUAGCGCCAGUGGCAGUCCCAGUUCCACCAGUGGGAGAGAGGCAACUCGAUGA